GAUGUUAAUUGCACAGAAAUUAAAUGUGGAAGUUGAAGAUAGCAGAGGAUGGGCCGUGGCUGAUCACGGUCAACAAUCAUGUUGGAAGACAACACUGGGAUUUCGACCCAGAGGCUGGAACCCCGGAGGAACGUGCCCAUGUUGAAUGGCUCCGUCAGGAAUUCAAGAAAAAUCGAUUUCGAGUAAAACAGAGUUCAGAUCUCUUGAUGAGAAUGCAGAUAUUAAAUGGGAUGGCUAAUGACCAGGCUGAAGUAGAUGCUGGCCCCAUUCAUCGCGGAAUAAAAGUCCUGAUAAAUUCACAAAUGGAAGAUGGUGACUUCCCUCAACAGGAAAUUACUGGAGCAUUUUUUAGAACUGGUUUACUGAACUACUCAGCCUACCGGAACAUAUUUCCCAUAUGGGCACUUGGAGAUUAUUAUCGCCAUGUUUUGCGUGCAUAACUCUCUCAAUCCUAAUAAAAGGGAUAUGUUGCA